UGUCUUUGACGCUUUCUUCAGUUCAGAUUGGCUUUAAAUACUCCGGUUUCACUGGGUGGACUUAUAUCCUGAAACUUCUUCUUUCUGUGUCUCUGUCUCUUAAUCUUUUCCAGAACUCUUGGAUAUGCCUUUGAAGCCCAUAAUUUUGGCUUGGGAAAGUGGGGAGUUAUUCAGCUGAGAGCUGAGAAUCUUGGCUCAUGGGUUACAGUCAAGCUCAUACUCUAUGCCUAACAUUGCUGCUGAUGAUGUCUGCUGGUGUGAGAUCAGAUCUGACUCAGGACAUAAAGGGAUGCGAGGACGCCAUGUCUGAUCUCUCCUCUUGUCUCCCUUUCGUCACCAGAGAAGCUAAAGCUCCAGAUCCUACAUGUUGCAGCUCACUUAAGAAAGAAAUAGACAAAGGCCAGACCAAGAGAUGUCUCUGUACCCUUGUCAAGGACAGGGAUGAUCCCUCCUUAGGGUUCAAAGUGGAUGCCAACCUUGCCAUGAGCCUUCCUUCCAUUUGCCAUGUCCCUGCAAAUGUGUCACAGUGCCCAGAGCUAUUGCAUUUGCCUCUGGAUUCAGCUGAUGCUCGGAUUUUUAAACAAUUCAGCGGAUCUUCACAGAACAAUGGCAUGGGAGGAGUAGCUGCAAGUUCAAGUGUCAAGAGGAAGAGGCCUGUGGCAGUCUGGUUUAGGGUAGGGAUGGUUGGAGGGGCUCUUUCAACAUGGUAUUUGAUUUCGACAUUAUCCACAUAAUUAUAUUGUGCUCAGCACUAUCUCUGUAACAUAUGACAACUUGGUAUUUAAUGGAAGUUUAAAAUUCAGACCGUGAA